AUGACCGAGAAUCAAAACGAGCCUCAAUAUGCACCUUGGUAUCGAUUACCGACGCGUCACAUCGUAGCCGUCGAACAUCCCGGCAUUGUCAAAAAUGUCGAUCGAGCAAUCAAGACGCUACAGGGGGAUGUCGGUAUCUCCAAGGCAAAAGAUCCCAUGGCAAAUACUAUAGACUCAUUUAACCGACAGACAAAUAAUAUACUCCUCAAAGUCACCGUACCUAAGUGGACAGGGAGGAAGCGAAAGCGAGGCAGUGAUGUGUCAUUCACGGACAGUCAUUCCACCACGCCGGAAGAGAUUGAAAAGGAGCGACAGAGCGCUGCGUUUCGACAGCGGAGUUUGAUGGACAAUGCCCACAAGUACUCCGUUGAAGCUGUAGGCACAGUUACGAGAACGCACAAUUUCCGGAAAAUACCUGAUUAUGUGUAUUCUACGUCGGCCAGUCCGUUUGUACAGAGAUUCCGAGAGACGAUUCUUUCUUCUGAUUACGAAAAGAUGAGGCAAUUUGACAUUUCCAUGAGCAGAGGAGAAACAAAAAAUGUCGACCUAGUCCCUCCUCCCGCCUUGACCAAAACAUUCAUCCCUUUUCAAUACACGUACCGUCAAAACCCAACCGUGAGACUGUCCCAAGACACAUCCGGCAACGUGACAGCGAUCAACACUCAGAAGCCAAACAAAGUCUUCACACAUCUUGUGACAUGCGAUAUUCCCGAAGUACCAUCCGAACCACGUGCGGGAAUUCCGCCUAUAUCGAGCCUCGACUCUGAGCUGCAACAAGUCAUUGCGACUGUCCAGGAACUAUUCAAAGAACGUUUAGCCUGGACUCGCCGCGCCUUGCUUAAUGCAAUAGCAGGCAAAGACCAGCGGUACGUACUGAAAUAUGCCAUCAGUUAUGUGGCAUACAUAUUUCGUUCAGGGCCAUGGCGUGACGCAAUUGUGAAACUGGGCCAUGAUCCACGCAAGGACAUCGAAUCUCGCAAAUAUCAAACCUUUGUCUUUCGCGUACUGCCGCGCGAAGCAGAAGUAGGCCGUGAUGGUGGUGGAAGCGCCAGACAAUCAUCAACAAACGCCACGCGUAACUUCAGCGGUCUGGACAUCAGUUCAAUCCCAACGGUAACACGCAAUGAGAACCCAACUAGUCACCUCUGGACUGGUAAAGCGCCCUUGGCCCUCGACGGAAAAAUAUGGAUGGUCUGCGACAUCGUCGACCCAAUCCUAAAACAGAUCCUGUACCCAUCUAACGCAAACAACAAGACCUUUCUACGUAGCGAAUGCGAAAUCUUCAGCGACGGCUGGUACGGUAGCGGUACCAUCGCAAAGGCGAAAGUGAUUAUGCGACAAAAGAUUCACGCCUUGACGCAUGAACAUCGCGAACCUAGUGAUGCGGAAUUCAAGUGCUUGCUAGGCUUCCCAGAUCACGUUAUCGAAGCAGAUGGAAUGAAAUUGGAGAGAUUCCAUCUGGAUACGGAGAGGGCGACACCCAGAGAAACGAUGCUUGCGACGGAGGUGAGGGCGACGAUUAAGGGUGCUAUUAGUUGGAGGAUGUUCGGGAAGGGAUCGGCGAGGACCACUGCUACCAAUACUGCGAGUACGCUUGCGCCGGCGGAGGCGGAGGAUGAGGAGGAGAGGGAGGCGACGAGGAGGGUCAUUGAGGAGGAAGAAGAGGUUAAUGAAGAGAUGGACGUUGAGCAGAAUGAGUGA